AUCCUCACUGCUACUGAGCUUUCUGAACCCCAAUAUACCUCUACUGCUACAAACUUCAAAGUUAUGGCGUAUUCCCCAGCACCCCCGUCUCCCGGGACUGGUUUCGCCUACAACCAACAUCCUCGUCGCUCCGCAAGUCCUACUGGAGGCAUUUCUGGCUCUGGCCCAGUUUCAAAGCGUGACAAGCGUCGUUCCGCACUGCAAGAUCGCUUGCAAGACUUGACUUCGACCUUCAGUGUCAACCGUGAUGCUCAGUUUCGCCAACAACUACAUUCCCUGCAAUGCGACAUGACUUUGAUUAACAACGCCGAGCCCCUCCAACCUGGCCCCCUUCCCGACUCCGCAGAUGAAAUUGCUCAGAUUAUUGAAGAAACUGUUGGCGGCGGUGGUAAAUUUGCCAAAGAAAUGGCAAGCCUAUCCGGAACAUGGUACUCGAAAUUCGUUCAAGAAGUGAACAGAGUGAAGGAGCAGCGUGAUGCCGAUUUGGCUAAGCUUAUGUCUCGCCAUGGCAACCACAUCGACCGCUACAAGCGUGAUUGGGAUUUCCGUAUGCAUUUUGCGCGAGAGGAAUUUAAGCAGCUUGCCGUUACCCUCCGCGAGCGUUUGAUGCAAGGCGUUUCGGGUAAACGAACUCGUCUGAUGCGUGAAAAGGAACAUCUUGACAUUGCCGAUACAAAUGCGCUCUUGCUACACCCCAACCAAUUCAGCAUCACAAACCCCGCCAGUCCUGGCGGCAUUCAUAGCAAUCGCAAAACACGACACACCCGCCACCGAGUUGACCUUGAUGAAUUUGGAAACGGCAUCGGAUCAGAACUCAACAAGCGCAAGCGCAAAGCCCCGGAAGAGGAUCUGGGAUCACCUGUACGUGAUACAGGUGGCACGACUCCUGCCGAGCGGUCCAAGGCGUACCUGGAAAAGCAAACUGCGCCCACCUACUCCAUCCACUCUCUGUUCACCGACAAAGAGCUCAGCGCACAUGCCAACCAGGCACACAUCGCUGCACUCCACUUCUUCUCAACUUCCAAGCGUGCAGACCAAUCCGGUGCUAUCACCAAUGGCAAUAACACCGACGCUGAGGAUACGCCCGAGGGAACUGGUCACGAGGAUAAUGGAACUCCCGCGACUGAUAUGAUCCGUACUGCCAGUCACAACUUCCACCAGACUCGCUCUACCCGCACUACCGCGGCGCAUAGUGCUCUCAGCGCUCUUGCCGAGCUGGCGGAUAAGCCAGCCACCCGUCCGGCCCUUCCUUACCACGCACUGGCUAACUACCAUGCGCGCCCCAAUGGCAAUGCGCCGCCUCUUACCUCGCUCCUUAACGACGAAGUAGAUGAUGACUGUGCCCGGCUGGACCGGCUAGGUGAUAAAUCUUCCGGGUGGAUCGACUCCGGCUUGAUCGAAAUCGUGACAGCUUCGCUGCCGUCCGAGCCCGUUGAUGGCCAUGCGCCGAACCCGGAUGUUUUUAGUUCCCUCCAUCCUGAUUUCCCUGCCCCUAUGGGGAUGCAGCUGCUUCCGGCCCGGCCAUCCACAGGCUUUGAGAUGUUCCAAUCUCAAGGGAUGGAGCGGGAGCGAAGUAGCAAGCGGACACGACACCACUGA